AUGUUACGGCAGCAACAGUGUCUCUCAUCGCAUCAACAUCUUUACAAAACGAAAAGUGUAGAUUGGAAGAGUGAAUUACGAAAGGACUUUAUUCGACGAUUGCGAGAUGAACGACAGAAAGUUUUUAACCGUACACGAAAUGGAUUUGAGCGCUGUGAGGAUGAUUUGCUCAUUGAAAGCAUAAUACGGAAUGAAAUUGAUGCUUUGAGGUUAUCAGAGCACAUCACAGAUAAUGAACUAAGUGAAGCUAUUGAAGAAUUCGAACGAUUUCGAGAUGAAAUUAACCAGCAAGAAAUAGAAAGCAUGAUUGCGUAUGAACAAGAACGACUGGAAGAUUUGGCAAGUGGAUACAAUUCGGUUUUAUGUCCAAGAUGCCAGUUUUCCAAUUUGAAUUUUCCUGACGAAUAUUCACUGAGAUGUGAACAUUGUGAACUACAGCUGCGCCUGGCGCAACCGUUACCAUGUCCUCUCGAAUUAACAUCACAUUUUACAAAGAUUUUCACUUCUCAUGCUGAUCGGGAAUGUUCGGAAAAUCCUAGCUUAAUACUGCAAGGUCCUAGCAAAUUGUUUCUUCGUUGUAAUCGAUGUGCAUUUAAUUUUGAAGUAUUUUAA